AAUGGACGAUUAAUUGUCAUUUAUUUUUAUAAGGCAUAUAGGAAAAUAUCAAAUAAACACAUCUUAACCAAAAGUAGUCAACACUCAAUUAUUCUAUUAAGACACAAACUAGGAAUCUACAAAAAAAUUACGCAAUGCUAAUCUCUAUUAUCCCUGCAGAAAUACCGAUCAAGUUAACUAAAAUCUUAUUGCUUAAUUAAUAUAAGUCGAGCUUAAUAACACAGCAAGUAAAGAGAUAGCAGUGCUACAAUUGCUAAUCGACCAUCCUCACACAAAUGUUAUCAAAAUAUUUGAUAUUAUUUAAAAGGAUAAUUGGUAUGUGAUGUAAGAAGAUAUCCCUAUGAAUCUAGAGAAAUUCAUGAAUUCUGGAACAAAACUAUCAUCAUAAAUGAAGGAGAAUUUUUUUUGUUAAUUGAUAGCAGGAUUCAAUCAUCUACAAUAGCGUAAAAUAAUAGUUAGAGACUUACAACCUAAAUCUAUUCUAGUCAAACAAAUAAAAGACAAUGAGUAUAUUCUUAAAGUAAUAGACUUGAUAAUAUUGUAGAUAUCAGAUUUCAAAUCGGCUGAGAAAUCAGAAGAUGGAUUCGUAGACUCUAUAAAUGGGAUGUCUGAUUUUGCAGCACCAGAAACUCUGAUCAAAGGGCAAACCUUAAAUAAUUAGUGUUGUCUUUAUAAUGUAAGAUAAAUUUGAUAAAUUAGUUGGGAAUGCUAUUAUAUUACAUUUGCAAUGAUGGUAAGAAACCCUUCGAAGCAAGCUCAUAUCAGAAUUUGAUAAUCAAACAAAGAGAAUUCUGUUAAAGCAUAUUAAACUAAAAAGCUAGUGACAAUGAUCACUAAAGGUUGAUGGAAUUGUAUAAGAGAAUGCUUGUUUAUGAAAAAGGUAAAAGAGAGGGAGACAAUAAUGAUUUCAAAUAGGAUUGUUAUCUUUUGGAAAACACAUAUUUUCUAAGGUAAUCAGACUUUGUUGGACACGGACAGUAAGGAUUGGUUGUCAAUGCCUUCAAUAUUUAAACAAGAGAGACAUUGGUGUGCAAGUUGAUUCAAAAGAAAGAAUAAAAUAAUGAGAAGGAUUUAAGAGAAGUUUAAAUCUGUGGUUGUCUUGAAGGGGAUAAUCAUCAGAACAUAAUAAAAAUCAUUAAAAUAAUUAAGGAUUCUUAAUGGUAUUAUAUAUUUUUAGAAAAAUGUGACAUGGACAUUGGGAAAUUCAUGAGAUAAAAUAAUAAUUUUACUGAUUUAGAAAUCAUUGAUUUUCUAGGCCAGAUAAUUUCUGGUUAUGAAUAACUUAAAAGGAAAAGUAUUGUUCAUAGAGAUAUUAAGCCAGAGAACAUUAUGGUUAAAUUUGAUGACAACAAUGGUAAAAUUUACAAAGUAAUUGACUUAGCAUAAUAUAGAUCAUUGAUUUUGGAGUGUCCAAGAUAAUUUCUUGUUCACUUCUAGCCCAUACAGAUGUUGGUAGUCUCCUUUAUAUAGCACCUGAAGUAUUAGAGAACGAUAAGGGCUAUAACGAUCAAUGCGAUGUUUUCUCGGUAAUAUUCUUUACUUAUUCCAAGCUAGGAGUAUUGAUAUAUUACAUGAUGUAUAGAUAAGAUUACAUUAACAUCAAUAGUUUCAACGAAAUCAGGUAAUAACAGAAAUUGCUUAAAACAAAUCCCUUUAAAUGUCCUGACUCAAUGAGAGUAUAAUUUACAAUUUAUAUAAGAAUUCUGAUUUAAGAUAGUUAAUUGAAAAAAUGAUUGUAUAUGAUCCACUUAAGAGGAUUAAUUGGGAAAAUUUGAAAGGUUAUCGAUUGAUGAAGAAUUAUCUUGACAUUCUAAAUGAUAUUUAUCGUUACUCUUUAUUUGCUAUACAAAGUGAAGAAUUACUUUUUGAAUAAUAAGAUAAGCAUAAGGAUGAUAAUGUCCUUGCUGGUGACAUCUACGCUCAUAGGAUCAUCCUUUUGAAAUUUGCAAAUUUGUCAUUUUAGAAAAUAGAAUAAUCAAUCUAAAAAAAAACGAUUCAGUUGAAAGAAGUUGAAUAUUUAAUUAAUAAUAUAUUUAAUGCUAAUGAGUGGAAGAAGAAUAAUAAAUGGAAUCAAUCUCAUGAAAUAUUAAAAUAAAAGUAAUAGCGAUUAGAUUAAUAGAAAAUUGCAGUCCUUAAUGAAGCUUUGAAUGUUGUUAAAAAUAUGGAGAUUAAAAAUUCUGAAAUUCCUUUGAGCUUCAAUCAAGUACAUAAUUAUUACAUAAAACUACCGAAUUUAUUAAAGAAUUCUACUUUUAUUAAAAUUGAGUCAAUUAAAUUAAAGUACCAUUUAUUGAAAAUGAGAAAUCUGUUCAAUAAUAAUAAGAAUGAUUUCUCAAUUGAUUACAUCUUAGGACAAGAUUCUAAGAUUUUAUUUUAUGAAAAGUUGUCAAACUCAUAAAUGCAAGCAUAUAUUGAUGAAAAUUAAUGA